AUGGCAGAUGUAGCCGAAACUCCAGAGAUUGGGCUGCCUAUUGAUAGCAAGGAAGCUGUUGUUGUAGAGGAAGAGAAAGACAUAGACCAAACGAAAUCUGAAGAUGCAGAUGAACACAAAAACGGUGAUGUACGUGCAUCAGGCACUGAACCAGCACCUGAACCAGAGGCAAAGCCAGGGCCAGAAGCAGAUAAUCCCCCAAAACAUCCCCCGUUGGCCAUAAUUGAGGGCAAGGUCAGCGACUCGUCAGGCGAAGAAGCUGUCCCAAUCGAUUUUGUUACAAUGGGCAUGUUUAUAAUUGACGAUAUCGACUUCAUCCCGCCAACUCCGCCCGUCAAAGACAUCCUUGGUGGCGCUGGUACCUACUCAGCCCUUGGAGCUCGCCUGUUCUCACCCCCACCCAAAUCUGUGUCAGUUGGCUGGAUUGUCGAUCAGGGCUCAGAUUUCCCGCCCUCUCUCUCUACGCUCAUCGAUAGCUGGUCCACCUCGGCUCUGUUCCGUCAUGACGGGCUUCGCUUGACCACGCGUGGCUGGAACGGCUAUGAAGGCACUACCGAGAAGCGAGCUUUCAGAUACCUGACUCCCAAAAAGCGCUUGACUGCUCAGGAUCUGACACCACCACUGCUUAAAUCACGGUCCUUCCACCUGAUAUGCUCCCCAAAUCGAUGUAGGGAUCUUGUCUCCGAGAUCACCUCACUUCGAAAGAAGGUCAUGGCCCCUGAGACAUAUACCAAACCCAUCUUCAUCUGGGAACCUGUGCCUGAUCUGUGUACCCCUGACGAGUUGCUCAAUUGCACCAACUGCUUACCUCUUGUCGAUAUCUGCAGCCCGAACCAUGCAGAAUUGGCUGGGUUCAUGGGUGACAGUGGACUUGAUCCAGAAACAGGUGAGAUCUCUACCAUUGCUGUAGAAAGAGCCUGCGAGCAGCUUCUUGCAAGCAUGCCUCUGCAGUCAUUCUCUCUUGUCAUCCGUGCUGGCGAGAAGGGAUGCUACAUCGCGAAGAAUGGAGGAAGAAAGCGAGGCCGUGACCCCAAGACGACCAAGCGACGGAAGAAAGAUUAUGUUAGGGGUGGCCUUCAGCCAGACACGGAUAUGGAGGCUUUGUUUGCCGGCCUUCUCCAAGAUGCUGAUGGGAUUGUGGCUCGCGAAGAGAUCGAGGUCGAUCCUGGUGUCGAGAAAUGGGUUCCCGCCUAUCACACUGACCCAUCCAAAGUGGUUGAUCCUACGGGAGGUGGGAAUACCUUCUUAGGCGGCCUCGGUGUGGCUCUGGCCCGAGGCGAGAGCCUUGAGGACGCUGUAGCUUGUGCCACUGUUGCCGCAAGCUUCGCCAUUGAGCAGGUCGGUGUUCCAACGAUUGGUAGAGAUGCUGAAGGCCGCGAGGCCUGGAAUGGACAUAAUGUUGAGGACCGUCUCCGCGAAUUUCGCAAACGUCUAUGA